UUCAUUUGUGUAGCAACUGCCGUAUAGGUUUGAUGUAUGUAUGUAGUUCGUUGAAAGCAUUAAACAUUUUGAUAAAGAUGGUGGGGACAGCGAUGACCAGUUAGCAAGAACCAUCUAUAUGUGAGAAAAUACAUUUAUCACAUUUUAUAGUUUUAUUAAAUAAUCAUGGGAAGCAAAGGAAUAGAAAUGGAUCAGAGUUUAGCCCAGAGGCUUCUCUUUGAAGGUGCUACAUUAGUUAUGUUAGAUGUACCUGUUGGCACAGAAUUUGGAAUUGAUUUAAAAUCAUGGAACACAGCGGAUAGAUUUAAAGGUGUUAAAAUGAUUCCGCCAGGAUUUCACUAUGUUCAUUACAGUGCUGUAGAUGAAUUUGGAGAAGCAACACCCAAAAUUGGCUUUCUUCACACAUUUAAAAAAUCUGAAUUUCUAGUGAAACGUUGGGAUGCAAAGGAAGAAGAUCUGAGUUCAGACAUUGUAGAAGAAGAAAUGGUCGAAAGAUUGAAGAGUAAUUUGAAGGAUUUAGAUAGAUUUUUAGGAUGUUACCCUUAUGAUAUAUGGAAACAGUGGAAGGAGUUAACAAAUCAUAUUACUCCUCCACUUGUUGAACGUUGUUCACCUAUAUGUGGUUUUGUAAGAUCAGCAUUAGAAUUAGAAUAUUGCACUGAUGCUGCAAGACCAAGAGGUGGAGAAUCGAAUCCUAAAAAAAGAAGGAGUGGAAUUACUGUGGAAGAAAAAGAAGAUGAGCUUCUUCCUGAUAUGAAACCUAAACCUGGUACAGAACUUCGACUUUCGAAAAUACCUGAUAAACAAUAUCCAGACGGAGCAUCACCAACUGAGAUUACAAAGCACUUUUUGGAUACAAGUUAUGCACUGGAUACUGUCCUUAAGCAAUUGACACUUCCUAUGGAGAUAAUUGGAGAACUCCAGUUAGCAUUUGUCUGUUUUCUUGUUGGACAAAGUCUUGAUGCUUUUGAACAUUGGAAGAAACUUGUGUCUCUCAUCUGUGGCGCUGAUUGUGCAAUAUCACAACGCCGCGCGAUUUUCAUUGAAUUUAUGAAAGCAUUAGAAAUUCAAUUGAUGCACGUACCCGAAGAUAUACUUUGUGAUAUUGUAGCCAAUAAUAAUUUUGUUUAUCAUAAUCUGCGCAAAUUGUUCGCAAAUAUUGAAAUUAAUUCUGAAUUAGAUGGACGCUUAAAAUCUUAUACAGCAAGAUUUAGCGGACGAUUGUCUACAAAAUUUUUGUGGGAUUUUUCUAAUUUACAGGAAGAGACUGAAGAUGAAGCACCUGUUGUUGUUUCGUUAGAAUAAGAUUGUAUAUAUUUCGUAUAAAUACAUAAUUAUAAUGUGUAUAUUAUAAAACGAGUAUAGUUAUACUUUGUAUAUAUGAAUAAUAUUUGUAUAUAAAUAAAGAUUAAUAAAUAAAAA